AUGGAUACCAAGGCGUCGCAAAGCAAGAAAUGCUCCCGCAACUUCUACCACUUCUCUUGUGGCCACAGAGGACUCCGCCAAGAGCUCCCAAGCUAUACCCACAGUUCUACGUGUGGUAAAUGGGACCCCGACCAUACUUGCGAGAACAUCAUGCUAGGACUCAACGUCGCCAAGGUUGAGAUGGAGUGCAAGCAUUGCGCUCCUGAGCCACCCGCAGUCGCAGAGCCCGCCGCUACCGCCGCUACCGUCAAGUCUAUCACCACAGCCGCAGGCAUUGAACGUCUUAAGGAGAUCAGAGCAAACUACGAGAACAACGAAAUUCUACGAAAGGUUCGCCACCAAGAGCUAGAGAAGCAGGAGAAGGCUGAAUUUGAGAAGUGUGCUGAGCGAAAGGAGAUCGAAACCCUGCGACAACUUCGUCGCCAAGAGCGAGAGAAGAAGGAGAAAGCCAAGGAAGAGGCGCUUGCUGAGGAAAUUGAGAAGCUCAAAGCUAAGACUGUUCGACAAAAGGCUUAUAUAGCUGCAUGCAAAGCUUCUCUUGCUGAGCGUGAAGCUUCUCUUGCUGAGUUUCAGAGAAAGUACAAGGCUGAGGCUAAUGGUCUUGAGAAGGAGGCUGAGGCGGAAGCUCGUCGUGUUGAGGAUCUGCGUCUCGAGGAACAGAAGCUCGCUACUGAGAUGGUAGAGAUGGAGAUGGAGGAUCAGGAACUCAAAGAUUGGGUCCUUCUCUAA